AACACUAUUGCCGGAGGUGGUGCUGGAUGCGUCUCUUCCGUUAUUACCUGUCCGUUGGAUAUGGUCAAGAUCCGUCUACAAAACCAAGCCAAAGAAUUUCCUGGCCAUCGUAGAUCAGCUUUCAUUACUUUUGAUAGGAUUUGGAAAUCUGAAGGUUUGCGCGGUUUAUAUCGAGGCGUUGGUGUCACUGCUGCUGGAUACCUGCCUACUUGGGCCAUUUAUUUUUCAUCGUAUGAGUGGUCAAAAAAUAGACUCAUUGAGGAAUUUGGCACCACAAAAGAAACGACUUUUGUACAUGUUUUAUCUGCUUUUCAUGCUGGUCUGUUGAGCACAUGCAUAACUAAUCCUAUUUGGGUUGUGAGAGCACGAAUCAUGACUCAACCAGCCACAUCAGAGCCUGGUGCUCUUUAUCACUAUCGAUCGACCUUUGAUGGGCUGACUACAAUAGCCAAAAAGGAAGGAUGGAAAGCACUUUAUAAGGGACUGGGUCCGUCAUUGAUUGGAGUUAGCCAUGUUGUUAUUCAAUUUCCUCUUUAUGAACGAUUGAAAUUGAGUUUACAAGGUAAAAUUACAUAUUCACAUGGAAAUGUUGGUGGCUACGAAAUUCUUUUUGCAUCUGCAAUUUCAAAGAUGAUUGCUUCAACUAUUACAUAUCCACAUGAAGUAGUUCGUACUCGCUUCCAAACACAAAUGAUUCUUAACAAUCAAGCAAUUCCAGGUCAAGUCUCGUCACAGCUCACUCAUCCAAUCGAUCCUUCUAUUGUCCAGAAAACUUUAAUUUUGCCAAAAUACAGAGGCAUUAUACAAUCUGUAAACACUAUAUUAAAAGAAGAGGGAUGGCGCGGAUUCUACAAAGGGUUUUUUACUGGGCUUGUUCGAACAGUUCCAGCAUCUGCACUAACCAUUCUUACAUUUGAAAUUUUAUCUGGCUCGCUUGAGCAACUGGCCGUUGUAAAUGAAACAGGAUAA